CGAAGUCGAGAACGAACGCGCAAAGCAAAUUUGAUAAAGAUGCCCCUAAAGCGCAAGCGCCAAUAGCCCCGAUUCAAACAACAACGAUCACUUCAGGCUGUACGAGAAAAUUAUUUGUGCGAGGGCUCAAAUCUCGGAAUAAAAGACGAAAACAAAAAUAAAUAAAAGACAGAGAAAAAUAACAGACUGGGAGAAUUAAAUUAAAAUGCCUUCGGAGCAGCAUACAAAUAUAAAAGUGGCGGUGCGUGUACGGCCGUAUAAUGUCCGGGAAAUGGAGCAAAAACAGCGGAGUAUCAUCAAGGUGAUGGAUCGAUCGGCAAUACUUUUCGAUCCUGACGAGGAGGACGACGAGUUUUUCUUCCAGGGCGCCAAACAGCCGUAUCGCGACAUCACCAAGCGGAUGAACAAGAAGCUGACCAUGGAGUUUGAUAGAGUCUUCGACAUAGACAAUUCCAACCAGGAUUUGUUCGAGGAGUGCACCGCGCCGCUGGUCGACUCAGUGCUAAAUGGGUACAACUGUUCAGUGUUCGUUUAUGGAGCUACAGGCGCCGGGAAAACCUUCACCAUGCUGGGCAGCGAAGCUCAUCCGGGUCUGACCUUCCUCACCAUGCGAGAUCUCUUCGACAAGAUCCAGGCCCAGAGCGAUGUGCGCAAGUUCGAUGUGGGUGUCACGUAUCUAGAGGUCUACAACGAGCAUGUUAUGAACCUGCUGACCAAAACGGGUCCUUUGAAACUUCGCGAGGACAGCAAUGGUGUGGUAGUGAGUGGCCUUUGCCUGACACCCAUCUACAGUGCCGAGGAGCUGCUAAAGAUGCUGAUGCUGGGCAACUCCCAUCGCACCCAGCACCCAACAGAUGCGAAUGCAGAGAGCUCCCGGUCACAUGCCAUCUUCCAGGUGCACAUCCGGAUCACAGAGCGCAAGACGGACACAAAAAGGACGGUAAAACUUUCCAUGAUCGAUCUGGCGGGCAGUGAAAGGGCAGCCAGCACAAAGGGCAUUGGAGUGCGGUUCAAGGAGGGCGCCAGCAUCAACAAAAGUCUCCUGGCGCUGGGAAACUGCAUCAAUAAGCUAGCCGAUGGCCUGAAGCACAUUCCCUACCGCGACUCGAACCUGACACGCAUUCUGAAGGACUCGCUGGGCGGCAACUGCCGCACCCUGAUGGUGGCCAAUGUCUCGAUGAGCUCGCUGACCUACGAGGACACCUACAACACCCUCAAGUAUGCCAGUCGGGCCAAAAAGAUACGCACCACGCUGAAGCAGAAUGUCCUGAAGUCCAAGAUGCCCACCGAGUUCUAUGUGAAGAAGAUCGACGAGGUGGUGGCCGAAAACGAGCGACUCAAGGAGCGCAACAAGGCGCUGGAGGCCAAGGCCAACCAGCUGGAGCGCGCCGGCAGCAAUGGCUUCGAUCCCAAGGAGCUCAAGUCGUGGUACAGCAAGAUAGACGCUGUAUAUGCGGCCGCCAGGCAGCUGCAGGAGCACGUCCUCGGUAUGCGCAGCAAGAUCAAGAACAUCAACUACAGGCAGACGCUGAAAAAUGAACUGGAGGAGUUCAGGAAGCUGAUGUGCGUGGACCAGCGAGUGUGUCAGGAGGACUAUCGGCGCUUUGCGAACUACAUAAGCACGCUGACCAGCCAGAUGGAGAAGUACAAGGAGGAGUUACCCGCCUGGCUGAGUAAAAUGGAGAGUGCCUACCAGAAUCUGGAGAGUCUGAAGCGAGAGGUUAACAAGUCGAAGGCCUACCAGAUCCUCAUCGUAUACGUAAAGUACAAGGAUCUCGAACUGCAGCUGACCAAGCAGAAUAUCUUCAACAGCCACGUGAACGCCAUUAACCAGGAACUGGUGGAGAACUUGGACCUGAUGCGGAAGUCCUUCCGAGCAGCCUGUGAGGUGCUCAAUCAGACCUACGACCGUUUGGAGGACGGACAAAAGCUGACGCCGGAGAUUGAGGCGGUGUUCGAAAGGUUGCACCGGAAGAUGCGCUUCGCCGACUCGGAGGCCAACACUAAAAUGGCCGUGAUGGAUACGCUGGUGGUGCCGCAGGAGCUGUGCAGCGGCCAAGAGCAGGAGGAGCAAUCCUGCAGCCUGACGGCCAGUGCCAAAAAGCGACAGAGGCAGGCCGCCCACAGCGACGACGAUCUGCAUUUGAGCAUGGAGGAAUUCGACAGCCAGGACACCGAAUCGGACACAGAGGAUCUGCACUUGACCUUUAAGAGGCCGCGCAAUCUAAACGAGACGCAGGUCCUUGGCCCCCCCAGCAGCAGUAGUGCCAGGAAACCUCUCACAGCGACGGUCACCAAGCCGAAAAACAGCCACCAGCGCCUGGUCAGCGAUCUGCUAUCCGAGCAGAAUGUUCGCGGCGGCAACGAGAAGAUCAAGAAGGCUCUGCUCAAGUCGAAUCACUUUACCGCCCAAGGCCUUCAGAGAACGCUGGCAGCGGCUUCUUUGGCCAAGGAGAACGUCAAAUACAACACCAACUAUGUGCGCAAGAGUCCUCGAGCGCUGAUGGCCAAAGCCCUUGCAGGCACCUCUACGCUGACGCGAAAGCCGCUCGGAUCUUCGAGUAAGGAGCCGCCUCUGGUAAAAUUCAAUCGGGCAGCCUCGUUUCGCCUGAAGAAGUAGGAAGGGACACCCAAUCGUUUAGUUAGUUGCAACUUGCGUUUGCCUUGAUUUACCACUCCUUCUGGAAGGACCGAGACAUAUGUUCAUGUCCAAGUUAACCAUAGCUAUAACCAUAUUUAUAGAUAGUACACUAACCCCUCCAACCUUACGCCAGUUCGCUUUCAGUUCUUAACCUUUGAAUUUAUUUAUGUACGUUUCCUAUAUACUUUUUGAUAAAGAAAGUUGAAAGAAAGCUUUGCGUUACGCGCUAUAUCUAAAAAUAUACAGCCGUUUCCUUGCCCUCA